GGCGGCGGCAUGUCUGCACACUACACAGUGAGGCUGCAAUCUUCCUUGCGAGAGCCUCAAGUCUUCUUUCUUGCCCGUCUCUUCCAAGCGCAGCCAAAACUCGUAUCCUGUCUGUCGUUGUCUCUAACACCACCAUCACCGUGCAAUGUCUCCAUCCUCACUACCGCCCAGGGUUUUCCUCGCCACAAUCCUGUCCCUCUCCUUGUUGAGCCGCGGAGCACUUAUCUGCUCAACUACCACGUUCCCCUCCAUCUACGACUCCUACCCAGAUUGCGCGACCACAUGUCUUGCCUGCACGGAUGCCGACUACGUGGAUAACUUUGCCAACAACUGCGACUACGCAAGCGGUGACUGCUGCUCCAGCACAUACCACACCGUGAUCAGCCAGACCUGGGCUUGCGUGAGCAACAACUGUGGCGAUGGAGAUCUCGCUCAGGAUGCGUUUAAUGUCUUUGUGAAGUUCUGCGCGGACCACAACGUGCCCUUGGCGGCUGGCGAUGUCCCGACGGGGUAUAUACUUGAGGGCAAUGGGGCUGGAAGUGGAAAUAACAGCACAAACGGAACCGCCGGACCCGACAAGGGAAAUGGCGGAUCAUCCCUGAGCGGCGGCGCGAUCGCCGGCCUCGUCGUCGCCGUCGUGGGCACCGUCGCGACCGUCAUCGGCUCGUACUACGGGUGGCGGGUGUGGCGAAGGAAGCAUCCCGCCGCGAACAACAGCCACACCAACGACGCCGGUGCCGGCAACAACAACGCCAACAACGGCAACGCCAACAACAACAACAACGCGCUCGCCAUGAUCCACAACGGCCCCAACCCGAGACCGUGGGCCAACCUGCCCGCCAACGCGACCGUGCAAUAUGACCGGAGAACCUCGAGUUUCAUGGGCUAUGUCACCACCGAAGAGCGCUUUCGGGUCACCACGCCGCCGCCGGCGCUGGUCGGCGGAGUUGGACGAGUCAUUGGCGAAGUAUGACCCCGGGUGUGUAGGUAGGUGGUUAGGUUGAGGUUAUACAAAAGCAAGAGAGAGAAGAGCAGUGGGUCGCAAUAUGUAUGUAUGGGGGUGAUGGAUGCUUGAUCAUGCGGCUGGCGUCUGAGAGGCCAAAAAGCUGAUCUGUGAUCCAGUGAUAUUAGCGUUAUAUAAGACCCG